UAUUUCUUCUUCCGUCAUAUAUAGGAGCAGUGCAGCAGUCUCAGUCCAUCAGUCUGCAUCGCUUUGCUCUUCAGCAGCUUCUCUUCUUCCUUGGCUUCAGAAACGAUUGAUGCGUCUCGCUAUGACACGUGCAGUGAUGUGUCUUCAGCUCCUCUUCCUCUGUGCUUUAAUGUGUGCUGCUCUGCCUCCACCAGCUUUCUAUACUAGAUCUUCACGUCAUGCUGAUGGACUGUUCACCAGUGGUUACAGCAGACUGCUGAGUCAGCUUACAGCUAAAGAUUAUCUGGAGUCACUGAUGGAAAAACGGGUCAAUGGUGACCUGACAGAAAACCUGCUUCCAGCCAAACGGCACUCUGAUGCUGUUUUCACUGACAGCUACAGCCGUUUCCGCAAACAGAUGGCGGCCAAGAAAUACUUGAACUCCGUGCUGCAGGGAAAGAGAAGUGUGGACGAUGUGACCCUGAUCGCUCCAGAUAUUUCUUCAUCUCUGACCAAUGAAGGCUCCUUAUUUCAUGACAUCAUCAGUCAGCUGACUCUGGAUCUGUGAUGUUUGCAGUCCUGAAACAGGACGUUGUGUCUUCAGCUUGUCGGCCAUGUUUUCUUUCAUUCUUUCCUGGAUGUUUUCUGUGUUUUGUUUUGUUUUUUAAUUGACCCAGAUGUGUUGAUCUUGGUGUAAUGAUUAAUUAUUUGUGUUCUACAUGAUGUGCUAAAAAAUGUCAGUGGGUCAUUUGUGUUUAGGGUGGAGCUUCAUCCUGUCAUUAAUGACUGACCCUGUUAAUUAUUGAUCGAGUAAAGUUUCAUUAUCACCUGAAGUCUGGAAUAAAUAAAAACAAAACAGUUUGAAACUGCAUUUUAUUCGACAGGAUGAUAUAUUUAAUUCAUCUGGUGUUGGUGUUUACAUUUAUUAUUAAUAAUGUGAUCAAAAAUAUUCUCCUGUAUACUAUGAAUUAUUUAUUUUUUCCUUGUAUUUUGGAGAACAAUCAAUCAAUAAUGUGCAGUUCUGCUCUGAACUCCAUGAUUAAGAUCUUCAGAUUUUUCCGAUGUCACAGUUUCAUCUUGCUUUGUGAAAUCCGUGGCUUGACUAUUCUGUCCACGUUUGUGAUAAGUCACAUGUUGUAGACUUGUCCUCAUUUACGCAAACACGCUCGCGGUUGGA